AUGACCGCGUUGAUCUCAUGGCGCAUGUUCAAAACCAAGACAUGGUUCUGCCUCCCAUUCGCAAUCGGUGGCUUUUUCGAAUCUGCCGGAUGUUGCGCUCGAGCCUCAGCACAUAACAAAACGGGCCGCAUCAUGCCCUACGCUGUCCAGAACGUGUUUAUCCUGCUCGGCCCCGGCCCUCUUCGCAGCAUCCAUAUACAUGUGUCUGGGACGUUUGUCACCGGGGACGUCCUCUCCUUCGUGGUGCAGGGCGGCGCGGCUGGCUUGAUGGUCACGGGCAAGACUCCGGAGCUCGGCAAGGGUAUCGUCAUCGCCGGCCUGAUGAUCCAGAUUGUCAUUUUUGGCUUUUUCGCUGUCACGGCAGUCAUCUUCCAGAGACGUAUCAAGCGGAACCCGACGAACGAGUCCUAUGAUUUGUCAAUUCCCUGGAAGAAGAGCAUGCAGAUGCUCUUCAUUGUUAGCGCACUCAUCAUGAUCCGAUCGUGCUUCCGUGUUGUUGAGUAUGCUAUGGGCAACGAUGGGUAUCUUCUUGGGCAUGAGUGGACCUUGUAUAUCUUUGAUUCUGUCCUCAUGUUUACGGUCAUGGUUGUGUACUAUCUCUGGUACCCCAACUGGAUUACUCCUGAGAAGCUGGAAAUAGAUGUAAUGCUAGCUCACCGCGACAACAGCAUGCCAUAA